UGUCGCACGCAUCCGGUUACCCAUGUUGCCAAUCUCGCGUUAGACCACGUUGGGGGUUCUAGGCACAGCGGCAACUGCACUUCGCGUCUUGCCAUUGCAACGUGCAGCAGCGCGAUGGAUGUUCUUACGGUCAGUCCUGCUGUUCAGCGCCUUUUGCUGGAUUUGGUGGCCAAGGACACAGAACGCUCAACGCAGGAUUCAGCCGAGAAUCCUGCGCAUUCUUCCGAGGCUGGUGAUGCUGUGUGCCCUGGUCCUUCGCAAGACGCAGAUGGACCCAGUGUGACCAAGAAACGACGACAUGCAACAUGUGACUGGACACCAGGGGAAACAAAACUCCUCCUUGAUCGCUACUCCAACUACUUCCCACAAGUAGGCCCAAUGAAAAAAUUUAAAAACAAAAAGUGCAUGUUUGCAAAAAUUGCGCAGGAUAUUAAAGAUGUGGCUGGCUCAAUCUGGACAGGUGAUCAAUGCUGCACACGGUAUAAAACUGUGUGCAAAAGAAAGAAAAGUGCAUGUGUCCAGAACAGCCAGUCUGGAAACUCUCCCCAACUGGUGGAGUAUGAAGAUGAGCUCGAAAAAAUCAGACACCUGGAUGACAGCUUAGAGCCGGAAGUUGUCCGUGAUUCCGCUGGUGUGGUAUCACAGAAGACGUCAUCACAACCCUCACCAGCCAGUUCACAGAGUGAAAGUACGGACAACAGUUCCAGCCUAUCUGGAUCAUGUGAACAGAAAGAUGAUGACCACAAAAAAAAAAAAAAAAGAAAAAGGCAAGAGAGAGAGCACCAGCCGCGCGCACCACAUGAAGGUUUUCCUCGACGAAAUUCAAGAAAUUGAAGAAAGCAAA